AUGGACAACUUUUGUCUUCCACUUGUUGCUCCUGUUUCUGUUGUUGCAGCUGCUACAGUUUCUUCUACUCCUUCUGUUGCACUUUGGCAUGCUCGACUUGGUCACGCAUCUUCUUCUCGAGUACAACAAUUGGCUUCUAGAGGUAUAACAUCUGAAUGGAGGAAUGUAUUGGGAAUUUUCUGUUUGCAGGAAUUUGUUGUGUGGUUUCUGUGGCCUCUCGGCGGUUACGGAAGAGUCGGUGGCGGCGGCGGUGGAAAAAGAGUCGUCGGUGGCGGUGGCGGUGGAAAAAGAUUCGUCGGUGGCGGCGACGGCGGCGACGGCGGUGUCGGUGGCGGCGGUGGCGGCGACGGUGGUGGCGGUGGCGGUUGA